GGUAGAAGACCUUUCCGACGAGUCAAAACUUUGACGGACAGCUGCAGCUUCGGCAGAAAACAGAAGAACAUGUUAUAACAUCUAGUUUGACAAAAAUACUAAUGAUGGCUCGCGCCAUGCCCAAAGCCGGCCAGGUCGCACUCGCAGUCGUCAAGGUCGUGGACCCUGGACGACCGGGCGCAGCUCGCGAGUUCACUGUUGGCAUUCAGGAGCUGGUGUCGGGCAUGCGGUACUUCUCUGACCUCGUGGCGCAGAAGGCCUCAAGCAGUGAGGGGCCUCUGGAGAUAUCGGUGCACUGCGACGUGGAGGUGUUUGGCUGGCUGGUGCGCUACGUCACGGGCGCCGUAUCACAGGAGCAACUGGACGUGGAACGGGUGCUGCCGCUGCUCAUCGCCGGCAACUUCCUGCAGAUGGACCGGCUGGUGACCGACUGCCUGACCUUCAUGGCCCAGCAUCUGUCAGAGGUGGUGCAGCAGCAGCAGCAGCAGCAGCAGGCGCAGGCCGGAGGCACAGGCGACACUGGCGCGUCAGCGCCAGCGUCAGCAGCACCACGUGCUGGCGCCAGUGGGGGCGGCGACCUCACAGCACUGCCUCUGGAACUGCUGUCACGGCUGGCCAAGCUGGUGCCGGAGCACGUGCUCGAGGACAUGGUGCGGCAGCCGGCAGCAGGCAGAGCAGCAGGCGCAGCGGCAAGCGGAGCAGCAGCGGAUGAUGAAGGUGGCCCCAGGGGCUCGGCGCUUGCUCUGGUGAACAAGCUGUACAAAUACAAACUGGAGGGCUCCCUGCGCGAGCUGCGGACCACCCUGGCGCGAUGCUCCGUGUGCCAGGGUCUGUUCAGCUUGGCGGACCGUGGCAAGCUGGAGUGCGCGGGAUCACCCCACCACUCCCAUGCCCAUGCUCCGGCCUCCCGCGGCGCCAGCGCGGGCCGCAUCCACUCAGCGCGCGGCGCCAGGAGCGGCGUCGGCGCCGGCGGCGGGCGGACUGGUGGCGAUGGCAGGGCCGCGCCAGCGGUGCACAUCCCGGAUGCCUCCUGGCGCUUGCAGGACUACCUGAGCGCGCUGCGUGCUGCCCACGCGCCCUGGCGCGACAUCUACUGGCACGUGUGGGGCCUGGUGCACGUGCUGUACUGCCAUGCCUGCCACCAGCACACGCCCGCCGCCGGCCUGCGCCGCUGCACCUAUCACCCGCAGGCGCCCGUCUUCAGCGCCGCCGCGCCACCGCCGCCGCGGCCUGGCUCCGCCUACGCGCCCGCUGCAGCCGCAGCCCCCGCCACGGCCUUCGGCUUCUACCCCUGCUGCGGCGCGUCCGCCAGCCGUACUGCUGACCCCCGCCUGGCUGCUGCCAGCGGCUGCUGCGCACGCGAGCACCGGCUGCUGCCCAGCGGCUUGGGACCGGGCGCACCCCUGCCGCCUGGGCUCAGCCCGGCACUGCUUGACACGCUGCGGCGCUUCCCGGACCUGUUCUCGGACGCAGCGGACGCGCCCCUGCCCAAGAUGGGGGCGGCGGCAGGGCCCGGCCGGCCCUUUACGCCGCGUGCCGCCAACGGGGACGGCUCCGCCGCUGCGGGCAGUGACCUGGGUACGGAGGGCGCUGGCACUGUGGCCGGGCCUGGCGAGCAUGCGCGGGAAGGGCAAGACACCGGCGAGGGCCGGGCUAUCCCGCCCUCCAUUCGGGCGGUACUGGAUGCCGCCGCCGCCUCGGCAGCAGCGGCCGCGACGGCACGGCGGCGUGAGGUGGCGGCGGGGACCAACGCGGCACAGGGGUUGGGCCCGGCAGCGGCCGCGGCGGCCGCAGCGCUCGGGUACCAUGUUGAGCCGGGGUCUGUACCGGGCGGGGGUGUGGGCUCCGUCGGCAAGGGGCCCAGGGCUGCAGUGGCACCAGCAGGAGCUGUCCCUGGAUCACCCCUGUCUCUCACCGGCGAUCCGCAGCUUGACGCUCGCCUGGUGGCUGCGGCGGUGGCGCGGCGCCUGACCAACAGCAGCGGCGGCGGCCGGGGUGCUGCCGGCCCCGCGCUGACUGCCGCAGCCAGUGACGCGACGUCCAAGGAGGUGGGAAAGGUCCACAGGCACGCGGAUGGUCCGGAUGCCAGCCACGCACGGAGCUUCACGAGCGUCGCCGUCCUCCAACAGGAGGCGGAGGGGGAACAGGAGGCCGGCGCCGCGACGUACGGCGCCGCAGCAGGCGCUCAGCAGCCUCCUCCCCAUGCGCAGGUCUCCGGGUCCGCCAUGCGUGCGGUGCGCGCCUCGUCGGCUCGCUACGGCACCGGCGGCGAUGGGCCGGGCAACGGCAGCGACCUGGAGGGCGGGCGGCGCGGCCGGCCGCUGACUGCGAGUGGCCAGGUGCCUGCUGCCUACCUGUCCAGCCCCUACCUGCCGCGCCCCGGCACUGCCAAGAAGCCAGGCCGCAGCAGCAGUCUGGAUGCGGCCCUAGCCAAGGAGCUACAGAAGCUGGCAGUGAGGCUGCAGGACCGGGGCCCCGGUGCAAGCCAGGCAGCCGCCUCACAGCAGCAGCGACAGCCGCAGCGGGCGCUUGGCGGCGCGGCGUCGGGCGGGGCAGCGGCAACACGUGACGCAGGCCUGCCGCCACGCCCUGGCUCGCGCGCGGCCAUCCAGUUGCAAGCAGCAGCCAAGGCGGGACAUGCGGGCGCGUCUGGUGCCAGCGGCGGCGGCUGUGAGAGCGACGAAGAGGUGUACACAGACGAUGAUGACUACGAGCCGGCAGAUGAGGUGGACGAGGGGGCGGGUAGCGAGGGCGCGGGGGAGGGCGGGGGGCGCGAACCUCCUUCACCUGACAGCGGCAAUCCGCUGCAGCGCAGUGUGCAGGCGGCGCUGGCUCGGGCCCAGCAGCGGCGGCGCGAGGAGGCGCAGGCGGAGCUGCAGGCGCAGGAGCCAUACCAGCCUCCCCACGGUGUUCAGGCACACCAGCACCACACGCACCGCCAGCACCUGCAAGCGCAGCAGGCCCCCAGCAGGUCGCCGCCUGCAGCUGUGGCCUCGCCGCCACCGUCUCGACAUACGCCCACUACAUCGUCGCCAGUCAGCCCCACGCCGCUGGUGCGCCCUGAGCGGGGAGGCCCGGGCUCUGCCGUGGACGCACAGGCAGGGCGAAGCCCCGCCAUGCAAGCGAGAAGCCCCGGACCCGGGCGCCGGCCCGAUGCCGCCGCCGUGGACGCGGCUACCACCACUGCCGAAGUAUAUGGUGUUGGUGCUGGGAGCUUGGGGGCGGCGGCGCGACCUGGCCCGCCGCUCCUGCACAGCGCGCCGGCCGCCGCUGCACUCGAGACGCCCGCGGAGGCGGAGCGGCGGCAGCUGAUUGAGGCGUACAAGACGCAGGCGGUGCUGUCGCCGCGCCCCGCGCACUACCAGAUGAUCUCCAUUGCGGAGCUCCCCAGCGGCGCCGGCGACCUGGCCCAUGGCGCUGGGGCGGGCGGCGCCACAGCCGCCCGGCUGCUGGCCCACCGCACAUCGGGGCUCGGUGCCGCCCUGGCCGCCGCCGCAUCAGCGCCAGCUGUAGCCGCGGCGUCCGUGGAUGUGGUGGGGCGGCCCGGCAGCUUGGCUGCGGCAAGCGGCGCUCCCUCGGGGCCGGGGUUACGGGCGGGAGCGGCGGCGCAAUCGCAGCUGCUGGCCCGGAGUUGGGGCCCCGAGGCGGCGAUGGCUGUGGAACCAGGAGUGGCGGCCGUGGCUUCUUCUCGGGCUGGCUUCUUUUCUCUGCCCUACCCAGACUAUGACAGCGACUCCGAAGCCGCAACGGGCCGCGAAAGCAGCGGGGGCGGCGCGGGGCCCGUCGGCGUGGGCGCCAGUAGUGCGGCCCGGGGCAGGCCCAAUGAUGUGGCCAGCACGCCUGUAGGGCUCCAAGGAGCAGCGGCGGUCGGUUGUGGGCCUUUGGCAGCAGGCGCUGCGGCGGGCACUGGGGGGCCUGUGUCGUCGAGUUCUGUGUCAGCCGCGUCAGGCGUCAAGGGCCGGAAGCUGCGGAUGGAGCUCCUAUAUGAGGACGAUAACUACCGCAUGGACCUGCUGCUCAAGCACCUGCUGGCGUGCCGGCCCUCCACCCGCACCGCCACCGCUGCCAACAGCGGCGCGGGAGCAAAACCCGGGCGCUCAGGCGCAGGCGGAGGCGGCGCCGUGGGCCCGCAGCGAAGUAUGUCUCGUGGCCACGGAUUUGGCGCGGCGGGACGGCCGCUCUCCGCAGCGCCCCUUGCGUCCUCGGCGCCGGGAGCCCAGAGACACAGGGCUCGCAGCGUGUCUCACGUCAUGCGGUUGGCGAACCUCUACCAGCCAGCAGCAUCGGGCGGCGCUGGCGGCUGGCGAGGCACCGAUGCUGCUGCUGCGGCGGCGGCUCGAGCAGGGGGCGACGGAGCAGUGGCGGCAUCAGGCGAUGUCAGGCGGCCGGUCAGCGCCGCCAUGCGCUCUUUCUCAAAUGUCAGCACGAAUGCGGCGGCUGCAGCAGCAAUGGGCGUGGAGCCGGGCGUGCUCGGGGGCGGCGGUCGGCGCCAUGAGGCAGGCAUGGGGUAUGGCGGAGGUGGCAGUGGCGGGCUGCGUCCCGAGGCGGGGCACUUCGGGAGUAUGACGUGGCACCUAGACUCGGGUGCGGCAGGCGGGCCCGCGCCCCGUGUGCCGCUGCCCCGUACAUCCAGCGCCGCAGAGCGGCGGCCGGUGUCAGCGCCGCGACCCAGGCGGUGACGGGACGUGUGCGCAGGAGCUGCCGUUGUGCCGCGGAUGGGCUCAAGACGAGCUAGGUGUCCCGGCAAGCUCGGCUGUAGCUAAUGUGCCCUGCGUCAUGGUCAUUAUUCCCCGCUGCGGUUCGCUAAGGGACGUCCGUGUAAAUGCAUGGGACCCGUUCUCCGCCGUCCAUCCUCAUGGGAUAAGUGGGCUGCGCCCAGGGGAUGUAGGAAGCUCAGCAUUGUACCCCCAUGAUAGAAAUUGUAGAGCUUUCGGAGAGCAUUACGCAUGUACUUUUAGGUUUAUCAGGAGGGGUGCCUGGUGAAGAAGUUCUUGGCCGCCAAUGUUUGGGUUCGGUCGUCGUCCCUGGGGUCCGCCGGGUUACGGGAGCCCAUCCUGGCAGAUUUCGCUUAGCGCCCCACAAGCAGAACUAGGAGCCAAGCGCAGCAACACGAGGCUCAAAUAUGCACGUAAUGCCGUAACAAGCACAAACAAAGCGUGGGAGGGUGAAAUUGCACGUCCUGGCGUGGACAUGUCGGCACAUGUCCCCACACUCGACACAAGCGCACUGACAAGGCGGGACCCUCGAGCGCUGAUGCGCAUGUAUUCAUGGCUAACAAGCCUGUCGAUGCACGUUGACCAUCCAUCACAUCGCUGAGAGUUGAAAGCUGGGUGGGCUGGGUCGAGGGGAUCGUCAAAUACGGUACAGAAGACCCUCAAACCUGGACCGCCGAUGGUACCGCGUGAUAGCGCUCGUCAAUAGGAGUCGAUUAGCACCGCUAUGGUAUUAAAUGCAGGGUUUGUAACCCCUCAACAAA